AUGUCAGCCAAAACAUUCCGUGGUGUCUACCUGAAGAAGAGCGCACAAUCUGGCAUCAAACCUCCCAAAGGAGAACGAGGAAACUUGAAGUGGGAAGAAGUCAAGGUCGAAAGCAAACCUAUUCCCGCAAUUCCAGAGGGUCAUGCUUUGGUCCAACUACACGCAAGUGCGUUAAACCAUCGAGAUGUAUUCAUCAGACAAGGAUUGUAUCCUAGAAUCAUCUACGAUGUGAUCUUGGCUGCCGACGGUGCAGGUGUUUUGGUCGAAGGCGGACCAAAGGAACUUAAAGGUCAACGAGUUCUCAUAAACUCAAGUAUCAACUGGGACUCAAACCCACUUGGCCCAGAGAACCCUGCUAAAUAUGAAGUAUUGGGUCUACCUCGUAACGGUACCUUGGCCGAAUACAUUGUCAUCCCUUCCAAGAACGUGUUCGCAAUGCCCAAGCAAUUGAGCUUUGAAGAAGCUGCUGCUAUCCCAUUAGCCGGCUUGACAGCUUGGAGAGCAACUUUCUCGAUUGGCCAAGUGAAGAAGGGUGAUUUGGUGUUAGUGCCAGGAAUUGGAGGUGGUGUAGCCAUGUUCGCCGCACAAUUCGCUAUGGCUGCUGGUGCUGAAGUAUAUGUUACUUCGUCGUCGGACGAAAAGAUCCAAAAGGCCAUCAAACUCGGUGCUUGCGUGGGUGGUGUCAACUACAAGAACAAGGGAUGGGCCAAGGAAUUGUCUACCAAGGUCAAGGGCCGCAUGUGGGAUGUCGUCGUCGACGGUGCCGCCGGUACAGACUCAUUGAGAGAGUACAUGGCUUUAUUGAAGUGGGGAGGCGUCUACGUCACAUACGGAGCUACUUCUGACUCAUUUGCCAGCAUUUUGAUCCCCUUCCUCUUCCAAAAGCAAAUCAAGCUUUGUGGAUCCACUAUGGGUUCUGACCGAGAAUUCAAAGACAUGAUGGUGUUUAUUGACAAACACCAAAUCAAACCUGUCGUAUCCACAGUCCAUCAGGGCCUAGAAAAGGCUGAGGAUGCAUUCGUUGAAAUGCGAGAGGGCAAGCAAUUCGGUAAAAUCGUUGUCAAGAUCAACCACAACUCUAACAAAUUGUAG